AUGAUAAUCCCUGAUGCAAAUUGUGGCAACACCCUUUUAAUCUCUCUUGAUGAACUUGUGGAAGAUGGUCUUUUGUCGAAGGAUGAGCUUCCUAAACCACUAGAUAUCGACCAUGUGAAUUUCUCAACUGUUGCUAAGAUAAAGGAUCCAUUGAUAGAAAAGGCUGCAAAGAGGCUUAUUUUGAGUGGUGGUGAGCUCAAAAGUCAGCUUGAGCGUUUUCGGAAGGAUCAAGAUGUUGCAAGUUGGCUUGAAGAUGCUGCAUAUUUUGCUGCUAUUGAUGAUUCUUUAAAUACUUUUAGCUGGUAUGAUUGGCCUGAACCACUGAAAAAUCGCCAUCUUGCAGCAUUGGAAGAGAUUUAUCAAACUAGGAAGGAUUUUAUUGACAUAUUUGUCGCUCAACAGUUUUUAUUCCAGAGGCAGUGGCAAAAAAUUCAUGAUUAUGCUCACAAGAAAGGAAUUAGUAUAAUGGGAGACAUGCCAAUUUAUGUUGGUUAUCAUAGUGCAGAUGUUUGGGCAAAUAAGAAACAGUUUUUGCUGAAUAGGAGUGGUUUUCCUGUCCUAGUAAGUGGUGUUCCACCUGAUGCUUUUAGUGAAACCGGUCAACUUUGGGAGAGCCCCCUAUAUGAUUGGAAAGCCAUGGAGAAGGAUGGAUUUUCUUGGUGGAUACGCCGCAUUAGACGGGCUCAAAAUCUGUUUGAUGAAUUUCGGAUUGAUCACUUUAGAGGAUUUGCUGGCUUUUGGGCUGUUCCUUCUGAAGCAAAAGUUGCAAUGGUAGGAAGAUGGAAGGUAGGACCUGGAAAACCUUUGUUUGAUGCCAUAUUCAGAGCUGUUGGAAAGAUCAAUAUUAUAGCAGAAGACUUGGGAGUGAUAACUGAUGAUGUGGUUCAGCUAAGAAAAUCAAUAGAUGCACCAGGAAUGGCUGUGCUUCAGUUUGGGUUUGGAAGUGAUGCAAAGAACCCUCAUCUGCCUCACAAGCAUGAGCACAAUCAAGUUGUGUACACUGGAACUCAUGAUAAUGACACUAUCCGAGGAUGGUGGGAUGUAUUGCCGCAGUGGGAGAGAGACAAUGUUAUAAAGUAUCUUGGAAGUAUUGACCAAAAUGAAAUUUCAUGGGCACUGAUCCGGGCUGCGCUUUCUUCGGUCGCUCGGACUGCAAUAAUACCAAUGCAGGACAUCCUUGGAUUGGGAAGUUCAGCUAGGAUGAAUAUCCCGGCAACUCAGUUUGGAAAUUGGAGUUGGAGGUUACCCAGUUCGAUGGGUUUUGAUGAGUUGAAUGGUGAGGCGGAGAGAUUGAGAGGAAUGAUUGCAACAUAUGGGCGGUUGUGAUGAUUGGUUUGCAUAUCUGCAAUGCAACUCUCAGUUACAAAUGUUCAUCUUGCAUUUGGCUGGUGCAGCAAAGUCAUCCCUCUUCAAAGCUCCCUAUUUCUUCCAGACGACUCUACUUCUUUGAUGCUAGGAAUAGGAGGAAUUGGCCCAAAACAUGCUGCCGUGCAAGACCGUCUACUUCACACUCCUUGCUUGCCUGGAGGAAAAGGCAAACCAGGAGAAACAGAUCAUAGGUAUGUGUAGCAGUAACACACGUGGUUAUAGCUUAUUAUCCUCAAUCAACUAUCAGGCUCCAUGUCUUCAUUUUGGCAACUAUGUAUUAUAAUCAUCGUAUGGAUUUCGGAACAGCACGAGCAAAAGGCUGCUACAGUUGUAAUUUAAACUGGCUCUGCCGGUAGUAUGAUGCAUAAUAAAAGUACUGAGAUAUUGAAUAAAAGAUCAAAUUCCAUGGUUUGGUACA